AAAGUUUGGAACAUCGAACCAGUUAAGUUUGCUAUUGUGACUAAAAAUGGUGCGAAAUUUGAAGACUUAGACAUAGAAGGUUUGUUAGCAGUCAAAGAAAGUUUUGACAGAAGGUUUUCAAACCUUAAAGAAGGCAAAGCAUACAAACUUGUUAUACCUUAUGAACCAAAGAAGACAGACGACUAUGAAUAUUAUGAGUCUAAGAUAGUUGAAGUUCAAGGUAAAUUGGGUAAAAAGAUUUUAGAGUCUAAGCCAGUGUUUGCUCCUAAAGAGGAAGAGAACAUUGACAUUGACCCAGAAAUGUUCUAA